AAUGAGAAGGGGGAGCUGAUCAAGAGCGACAAGCUCAUGCUGGACCUGAACAAGUAUAUCCUGCUGCUGGCGACGCUGGUGGCGACGGUGACGUACGCGGCGGCGUUCAGCCCGCCAGGCGGUGUCUGGCAGGAGACAGACACCUCCAUGGACCGCCUCGCCGGCGACUCCAUCAUCCGGGCAACCAACCCCCGCCGGUACCUGUCGUUCUACUACUGCAACGCCACGGCCUUCGCGUCGUCGCUCGUGGUCAUCGUCCUCGUCCUCUCCCUCGCCCUCCUGCAUGAGAAGAAGAACUACUUGAUCAACGUCAGGCCGCUACAGGCUUUCAUGGUGCUGGACCUGCUGAGCUUAAUGGGGGCCUACGCCGCCGGCACCUGCCGGGACAAGGUCACCACCAUCUACUCCUUGGUGCUUGUGGGUAUCGCCGUCGCCUGCCUCGUUGUCCAGAUGGGGGUGGCAUGGUUCUCGGCGGAUCCAGAGGUCCCCGCUACCGCAGCCAACAAGAACCGUGCUACCGCACCGGUCUCGUCAGAUCCGCGCCGCUACUCACAGGACCCUGCUACCGCAACCAACGAGAAACGGCUCCGGAAAGUACUGAUGCUGCUCGCGACGUUUGCGGUGAGCAUCACCUACGUUGCCGGGAUGAGCACGCCGGGUGGCUUCUGGGACGCUGGAAGCGGCCACAGCCCGGGCCAUGCUAUCCUCAAGGAUAGCCACGGCGCGCGCCUGACGGUGUUCCUGUACUGCAACACCACAUCGUUCGUCGCAUCGCUGCUCAUCAUCGUGGUGCUUCUCGACACCAGGAAGCCUCGCUUAUAUCCGGCAUACGGCUGCAUCACCGCCGCGCUGAUCAGCCUCGUCGGCGCGUACACUGCUGGCAGCUGCAGGGAGACCGACACCACAGUCUAUGUCUCCAGCCUGGUUGGUGCCGUGCUGGUAUUCAUUAUACUCCUCCAAGUUGCAGUUGCCAAAGGUAACUACAGUAACUUCUUAUUCUUCUCUUGUUCCUCCUCCUCCGCACCAGAUUCCCGUUUGCAAAUUGCAACUGACACCUGUUCCUCUUCAAUUACUAGGAAGGCAGCCGACAAGGCUAGCUCACUUGUUCUAUUGCUGGCCACUCUUGCGGCGACCAUCACUUACCAGGCGGGGCUAAGCCCGCCAGGUGGCGUUUGGCCGGAUAAUAGGGAUGGCCACAUGGGUGGCGACCCGAUCCUGCUGACGACGAACGCUAGGCGGUUCAAGGCCUUCUUCUACUGCAACUCCAUCGCCUUCGUGGCAUCCUUGGUCGCCAUCAUCUUGGUCCAGAGCAAACAGCUUCGUAAGACCCACGUGCUGGAGGCAGCCAUGAUACUGGACUUGUUUGGCCUUAUCGGUGCCUACGCCGCCGGGAGCUGCCGGGACGUAAGCAGCUCCAUUUACGCCAUGGCAUUGGCAGGUGCUGUCCUGGUCUAUGUGGUGAUCCAUGUCGUCUUCUUCACGUUGAACCAUGCAGACACCAUAACUCAAGAGGAAAUGGACUUGGUGGAGAAGAGGCGCAAGGGGCUGCUCCUCUUCGCUGUCUUGGCUGCGACUAUCACUUACCAAGCCGGGUUGACCCCUCCGGGCGGCUUCCGGCUCGAGGACGACGAUGGAUCCAGCGGCCACUAUGCAGGUGACCCGGUCCUCUUAUACAACUCUACCCGCCGUUACACUGCCUUUUUCUACUGCAACUCGGUGAGCUUCAUGUUGUCCAUGGCCCUCAUCAUACUGCUCGUGAACCGGCAUCUAUACAGGCCGGCCAUACGAAGCUAUGCGCUCGCUAUUUGCACGGCAGCGGGCAUGUUUUGUCUGAUGGGGGCCUAUGCUGCCGGAAGCACUCAGCAUCUCAAAACAUCCAUCUACAUCUUCGUCCUGAUGGCUGCGGUCAUCUUCGUUAUAGUUGCAAUGAUCCCAUUGUUCUUGGGUGAGAAGAGAGAUGACACAGGCAGUCAGCGGGAGGAAAAGAAGAAGAGAGAUGGUGAGACGGAGGAGGAAAAGAAGAAGAGCGAAGAAGCGAAGGAGAAGCAUGCCAAGCGCAAAUACCUGAUGCUCCUAGGAAUCCUUGUGGCGAGUGUCACCUACCAAGCUGGUCUGAGUCCACCUGGGGGAUCUUGGCAGACCGACAGUGAUUGGUACCGCGCAGGCAACCCGGUCCUGCACGACAACAGGAGGCCCCGGUACCUUGCUUUCUUCUACAGCAACUCCGCCUCCUUUGUGGCGUCCAUUGUUGUCAUCGUGCUGUUGCUACUACCAGAACAGUGGCGGGGCAAGAAGGUUCUGUCGCUCAAGGUCAUGACCACGGCGAUUUUCCUGGAUUUGCUUGCUCUCCUAGGGGCAUAUGCAGCCGGCUCCAGCAGGGGGUGGAAGACGUCAAUGUAUGUUGUCGCACUGAUCGCCGCCGUACUGGCCUACGUUGCAAUCCAUAUAAUACUGGCAUUGUCAUGUCCACAUCAGCAACAGAGUACCAGCGUUCAUGUCGAUGCCUCUCAGUCACCGGAGCAGACGAACCGGGGAUUUCAGACACAAUGUGCUCAGUGUGCUCAGUGUGCUCUACAGUCACAGGAGCAGACGAACGGGGGGAUUCAGUUAGUAUGA